UCUCCGAUGCAAACCCUAGAGACCUCCACUUUCGCUCUCGACGAAAUCUUCUGAGAUAUAAAACCUUCUUCGCCCGCCGCUCUGCAUUUCUUCACCAGACGGCUUAGGGUUUCUCCUUCGUCCUCCUCCGCAGCGCCAUGGGUAAGGGAACGGGGAGCUUCGGUAAGAGAAGGAACAAGACGCACACGCUGUGCGUGAGGUGUGGACGGCGCAGCUUCCACCUCCAGAAGAGCCGCUGCGGUGCCUGCGGCUUCCCGUCCGCCCGCAAGAGGAAGUAUAACUGGAGUGUGAAGGCAAUCCGAAGGAAGACCACAGGGACUGGUAGAAUGAGGUAUCUCCGCAAUGUUCCUCGCAGGUUCAAGAGUGGUUUCAGAGAAGGUACCGACGCAGCGCCAAGGAAGCACGCAGCAGCAGCUACUGCUUAAUUGUUAUGAUGGUUUUGAGGCACAAUCAUGUUAUUCGGAAGGAUUUAGUUAUUGAUAUCUGGACGCAGGGAACUUUUGGCAUAUACAGUUGCCCUUUUAAUUUGCUUUGUUUUUGUUUCAUCUACUGUGGCAUUGUUUACAAUUUUGAAUGAACAGAGAUCAAGCCUACUGUGGUUCUACAA